AUGCGUCGACCCUACGUCUUCACUCACACGUCAUCUUCUCACGCUCGCUACAACCCAAUUCACGAGGAGACAGAAGCAAAAAAAGCGGAAGAGAGGCAACGAUCCCGAUGGUCAUUUCCAUUCUUCACUUCUACUCAGCCCAAGGGCAACGAAACCGUAAAACCACAAGACCAACAACCCAGCUCUCCUCCAUGCACAUCCGGUACAUUUUUCGCAACAAACCACAAUACGUAUACGCCCACCGGUAGCACCGACAAUAUCUAUAGUGCCUCCGAGAAGACCAAGGAGCCUACGACUGAUAGACAAAGAAAGCGCUUUUCUUUCCCUACCUUUUCAUUCUUCGGUGCUGAUAACAACGUUGGUGAUAACCUCGAAAUUAAUGACCACAGCGAUCACAGCAACCACAGCUCCAAUUUACCAUACAACGACGGAGGAAGCGGAACCAAUCCAUUCCUCCACCCGGAUGACCACUCAAAGCAAGAAAAGAAAAAGAAGGGCCGACGCUUUUCAAGUCUCAACCGUGAAAAGCCAACCCAGUCUCGGCAGGAACGCGAAUCAGCCAAGCGACAGCAGGCAAAAGAACAGAAGGAGAAAGCCAAAGAGCAAGAAAGAGCGCGAAAAAGAAAUAGCGGUUUGGGAUGGGCAAAGUCCUGGUCAUUUGGUGGUGAAAGAUUUGGAGGCACCAUUUUGGCGGAUGCAAGCGGAGUGACGAUGCCGAUUUUUAGAUGUAAGGGUCCUUGUGGAUUGUCUUGUGGAUUUUAA